CGUGUUUCUCCAUUAUAUCAUUUGCUUCAAUCCAACUUCAUUUCGCUCCUUAUGUUCUAAACCUCUAUAUCCCUAAACCCUUCAAACGGACCGGCAGGCAGCAGCCUGUCCAUCUAUGGGAUCCAUCCGAUUGCGACACUGUCUGGAUCGAUAACACUACAUCAUGGGUAGCAAAAAGGACCAGCCCGAUGCUGGACUGAAGAGUCUGAAUCACUAUUCAAAUCGAUUACCCCUCUGGCGGUACUGGCCGCGACAAAAGCUCAUCCCAUUGAUCCGAUAUGAGACGCCAUAUUUGGCUUGGGUGCAGGAGAAAGUCCGCACGCCAACUCUCGACUCGUAUUUCGCAUUCACGGCUAACCUCGGCACCCAUACCUUCUUCAUGGUCUUUUUGCCCUUCCUCUUCUGGUGUGGUUCUCCCAGUAUGGGUCGUGGGUACAUUGGUGCACAUCUUAGCAUCGGGCGUCUUUUGGAGCGGCUUCCUCAAGGACCUGCUCUGCCUUCCUCGGCCUCUCUCUCCCCUCCACUUCAGCGAAUCACCAUGUCCGGCUCUGCAGCACUGGAAUAUGGAUUCCCUUCUACACACUCAACUAAUGCUGUCUCAGUUGCGGUCUAUGCUUUGGCCCUGCUUGGCUCACCAGAAUCAACUCUCAGCGCGCAGGUCACCCUCUUACUCCAAGCCAUCACCUAUAUCUACGUCGUGUCCAUUGUAUUGGGUCGACUGUAUUGCGGAAUGCAUGGGAUGCUGGACUGUACUGUUGGAUGUGCUAUGGGUGCGGCUAUUGGCCUCGUACAAUUUUAUUAUGGGCCUGCCUUUGAGGAAUUCAUUUUAUCCGCUUCAUUGAUGGAGAUUUCCAUGCUGGGGCUUCUGAUUAUAUUCCUCGUCCGCGUCCAUCCAGAGCCGGCGGAUGAUUGCCCGUGCUUCGACGAUAGUGUUGCAUUCGCAGGAGUUAUGCUAGGCGUGGAUUUGUCUUCAUGGCACUUCGCCGAUAUCUGGGUCGGUUAUCCUUCUGGAUCAAUUCCCUACGACCUCGAGACCGUGGGCUGGAUUAAGACUGUUGUUCGUCUGGUCGUGGGCGUUUUGUGCGUGUUUGCUUGGAGAACUGUAACCAAACCCGCGCUGUUGCGCAUUCUACCACCUAUCUUCCGGACCCUGGAGAAGCUCGGUCUUUUGCUCCCCCGACGUUUCUUCACCACCGCAUCUGAAUACACCACCAUUCCCUAUAACCUAAAGGAUCACGACGUUCUUCCGAAUUUCUCUGACAUCCCAGACAUCAUUACCACAAUGCGCCAUCCUCGCCGCCGAGCCGUUUCAAUUGGUCCCCAGUCAGAGGCUGAUGCGUAUGAGACCCUGGCGUACCGGGAAAAGCGUCGACGCGAGAGUCAGUCUGGAAGCAAUCGUCCUUCCCCAGUCGCAGAGGAUCAACUCAAGCCCAAUGGAACGCCCGUGGGGCCAAGAAAGAUGGCAUCACUGGACGAUUACGAAGGCAUGAUGGGAAGAGGCAGCCCCAGUUUAUCUGCGGCGGAUGUGAAUUCUGACAUGCCGACAACACCUUUCCCUUCGAUAGAUUUCGAGGUUGGGGAGAGGGAGGAAAAAGAAGUGUUCUCCCAAAUCAAGAAGCCCCGUGUGCGGUAUGACGUGGAGGUAAUAACGAAAUUGGUUGUAUAUGCGGGUAUUCCAUGGGUGGUCAUCGAAGUCGCACCCUUGUUAUUCGACGUAAUCGGGCUUGGAAACCGAUAA